AUGGCAUACAACGCCGUUGCGCAGGUGGACGAGGUCGCCUCCGGUUCUGACUCCGACGAUUCGCGCAACACCUCGCCGGUUCAGGGCCAUGCCUCCUUUCAGCAACUACGAGAUGCCGAUCACUUGGCACGAAGUGAUCUCGAAGCCGCCAGGACAGAGAAUAACCAAGGUCUUGGGCCUUUGGGUUCGAUGAUCCGAUCCAUGACUGGCACCAGCUACGAUGUAGUCGAGGCCGAUGACUAUGUCGAUCCCUCCCCCGAAGAGCAAGCCAGUAGUCUCCGCCGCAUUCCUUCGCCCAACAUAGCUGUCGCGCGACAGUGCUCGCAUUCUGGCCCCAAUCACCCCUUGCACAGCGCUUCCCCCGACAUCCCCAUCCCUCUCAACCAUCCAACUCCAGACCUACAAUCGCGACAAGGUGCCUACAUUGGAAAUGUAGAGCGCUUGGAACAGAGUGCGGAACAGCUGAGCUUGAGUUCAGCAGACAUUGGUAGUGAGAUUCGCAAGAUGGAUCAGGAGCAGAAGCGACGUUCCUGCAGCUCGGCGUCUAACUCGGUCGUCCUGCGGAAUGGUGCAUUCUCACCGGCAACCAUCGCAUCUCACGGAUCUACCUUUUCCACCCGUCAGCGCUCGGUCUCUGGAGCAUCGCGUCUCGCACAGGUUGCCGAGCCCGAUCACGAUGAAGACAGUCGCUACUUGGAUCACCUCCCCGCCCCGUUGCCCAUUCUUCCCGCCCCACAACCCACGAUCUACAAUCCUCAACCUGACGACGGCCUCUAUUACCAUCCAUAUGAUGGUCCAGAGCAAGCACAAAUCGCCGCACAUGAGCUAGAGCGCCCGAAUUCUGCUGCCUCAGGCGAUACCUACCAACAGGCGCGAACCUUGUUCACCGACUUCGAUGGUGUCCAUUUCGCACCGUUGGACUUCACAGAGCCAGGGCGCCAACUAUCCCUGAGCCAACCACCCCUUGCCAGCAAGCCGGAAUCGUACAAGGCGCCACCGGCCGGUGAGCAGAUGGUUUACUACCCUGCGCCAGUUCCCCGCAUGCUUAAUCUCCCUCCGAAACUCUCGCGCAAGCCAAUCGCAGACCGCGAGAAACGUCGUACCCAACUCUUGACCAACAUUGUGGCAGAGGAUAGAAAAUCCGCACCCUGGCUAGCUGGAUCGGACCAGGACAAGCAGAAGGACCACAAGGAGAAGCGGCAGUCCAAGAUUCCAGCCCAAUUGCGCGCGAGUCUCUUCUUCGAUAAACCGAGCACCACUCUUGAGGUUGACGUCAAGCACGACUCCGCCGUUGCAACACUUGAUAGUAUCCUCGACGCUUCGGCGAACGCGCCUGUGUCGGCCUUUACAGAUCAUCCCUACGCUGGUCACGUCGGUUCUUACGUGUUCCAUCAAUCGAAGCGCAAGACGCUUCACAAGGAUUCCUUACGGCAGAAACACGAGCGCAAUUCCAAUAUCCCCAUGGGCCAGCAACAUAGUACCAUCAGAGAUGAUGAUGAUGAAGGUUCGGUCAGUUCCCGUGACAGAUCGCAGCGAGAGGACGAUGAGCAUAGUCACGAGCGGUCAAGUGACAGCGAGGAGACCGAUGGCGAUGAGCAUUCGCUAGAAAGUGAGGAUGAGGACGACGAAUAUGUUGAUUACAUGGGGCCACCGAAUACACUCCUGGCAGAGCUGGAGUUGCGGAAGCAAGAAUUGAAGCAGCGGCGUCGGACGGUUCUCCCAUCAGCCGCCGAAGCGCAAGGCUUGCAAACCACCCUAUUGGAGAUGGAUGCUAUGGCCCAGAAGCAAAGCGAGAAAAGGCGACGACGACCGGUCACGUUGGCGUGGGAUGGCCGUGAUAACGGGGACGACGAUGAUGUUCCUCUGGCGAUGCUAUAUCCUGAGCAGAGCAAUAAAGAUGACGACGGGCGUCCAUUGGGCUUAAUGGCGAGGCAACAAUUAGAAGAAAAUGAGCCUCUGAGUACCCGUCGCGCCAGGCUGCGCGGUGAACCAAUCCCCGAAAAGCGCCCCGUCACGGUGUAUGCCAACGACAUCCCACAGCCUGCCGAUCCAGAAGCCGAGAGUGGGGAUGAAGGGGAGACACUGGCGGAGCGGAUGCGCCGCCUACGAGGUCAGAAUCCGGCCGAAAGUGAUUUCACCAGCGAUCUCUUAGCCGAAUUCGACAAUCGAGCAGGGAACACACCCAAACAAGCUCAGGCCGCACCUGCUCCCCAGCUUGUUACUAAUGACGACGAGACUCUCGCCCAGCGGCGCCUUCGUCUACAGAAAGAGAAUGGCGUCCAGGGACAUACUACAAGGAAUCCGCGCAUGCGGCAAAGUAUGGCAGCUCUCCCGCAGUCUCGACCUGCCUAUAUCGCCCGACAGUCGUCUUACGAUGCAUUUCGACCACCCACCCUGAUGCAGUCGCAUCAAAACCGCAUGUCUAUGCAAUCAUUUCCAAUCAGCAUGGGCUACCAGGGCCAAGCAGGCUAUCCUUUGGGUCAGCAGUACAGCACUGGGAUGCAAAGCCCUGCUGCCUACGCCUAUAAUAACAUGAUGACAGGCGUGCCUGGGGGUAUGGGAUAUCCUAUGCCGGGCUGUGGGCCAAAUAUGACCCGGCAGCCGGCUGAACCACCGCAGCACGAUGUGAUUGAUCGCUGGAGACAGAGCAUUCGCUGA